UUACUGAGCUUACUGAGCUAAAAUUUUUACCGAAUAUAGAAAAAAUAUAUUAUAAUAGUGUGUAAAUUAUAAUAAAAUAUAAUAAAAUGCCGAAGAAAAAGACUGGUCAAAGAAGGAAAGCAGAAAAACAAAAAUUAAGGCAAAAAGAAAUUAGAACUGCCAAGGAUCAAAUAGAUUUAGCCAAAUUUCCUUGCAAUGCAGUAAUGGAAUGUGAUAAAUGCAACAAGAAACAGAAAAGCAGAGCUUUUUGUUAUUUCUGUCAAAGUGUACAACGGUUACCUAUGUGUGCCCACUGUGGAAAAAUGAAAUGUAUGCUAAAAACUGGAGAUUGUGUUGUUCGUCAUCCUGGUAUAUUUACUACUGGUUUAGGUAUGGUGGGAGCAAUAUGUGAUCAUUGUGAAGCAUGGGUUUGCCAUGGAAGACGCUGCCUUACAACUCAUGCAUGUAUGUGUCCAUUAGUAGAUGCAGUUUGUCAGGAAUGUGAAAGAGGUGUAUGGGACCAUGGUGGUAGAAUAUUUCGAUGUUCUUUUUGUAAUUGUUUCCUUUGCGAGGACGAUCAAUUUGAACAUCAAGCAUCAUGUCAAGUUUUAGAAGCAGAAAGUUUUAAAUGUCAAUCGUGUAAUCGUUUAGGGCAAUAUUCUUGCUUGAGGUGUAAAACAUGUUAUUGCGAAGAUCAUGUUCGAAGGAAAGGGUUUAAAUACGAAAAGAAUAAACCUAUACCUUGUCCCAAAUGUAGUUUUGAAACAUCUCAGACAAAAGAUCUUAGCAUGUCAACAAGAAAUCAUAAAUUUGGUAGACAAAAUCAAAGUGGAACUUGUGACUCUGACGAUGAAGAUGGAUAUAGUUAUUAUGGAAAUCAAUCUCAAGAUUAUGGUUCUGAAAAUUAUACUGUUGAUGAUGAUGAAAAUGAAGAUGAAGAGGAAGAUGAUGGCGAUGACGAUGACGAUGAAGAAGAACAAGAAGACGAGUCAUUAAGUGAAACUGAAGAAAAUGGCAAUAACAAAUUACUUCAAACUUAAUAUGUUAAUAAAAAUAAUACUUGAUAAUAUUUAAAAAAACAUAUUCAUUAAAUA